AUGCCUCAACUGACAGUACAGGAGCACACGCAAGUCACGCUUCACGUGUCACACUUUGCAGGAGAAGGAACCGUGCACAGCAAAAAGCACGACUAUCCAUAUGUGGUUGCCACAAACGAACUCGAGUGUGCGAUCGUAGGAGCGUUUGAUGUCACCCCUCACAUGUCUGUGAGAAGAGCCGCGAGGCUUUUCAGCGUUUCAACGUCAACAGUACGGAAGGCACUGAAGUCUCAUGCCUUCCGUCCAUACAAGAUGCAGCUAGUCCAUGCAAUGAACGAGGAUGACUACGCAAGAAGAGUGCAGUUCUGCAUCGAUGAGCUGUCCAGGAUUGAGGCCAACCCACUCCACCUUCAGUUUUUACUGUUUAGUGAUGAGGCCACGUUUCACAUAAACGGCCACGUGAACAGACACAACUGCCGGUACUGGUCACGAAAUAAUCCAAACUUGCUUUUGGAACAGCCGGUACAGUCCCCGAAGACGACAGUCUGGUGCGGUCUGUGGCGGGAGGGCAUCGUUGGACCAUUUUUCUUUGACGGUACCGUGCCAGGGGAGAAUUACCUCACGAUGCUGCAGAGGGAAUUCCUGCCCGAAUUUGCAUCCCUUCACAUGCAGAAGGAAGUUUGUAUAUUCAUGCAGGACGGCGCACCUCCCCACUUCGCGUCAGAGGUCAGGGAUUGGCUGACGGAGACUUCCCCAGGAAGGUGGAUGGGGCGAGGCUCCCCAACAAUGCCUUGGCCUGCCAGGUCGCCAGAACUCACCCCUUGCGAUUUCUUUUUAUGA